GACCUCCAGCGCAGAUCAAACUCCAAAGGAAGGUGAGGAUGAUGGGGGUAUCAAGGCAGACCUUCAAACGCUUUUGAAUCAUGAUGUUCUGACGGCCCUCAUUGGUUGCUUUGAGUCGUUUUGCUUAGCGGCCAGUUCGGCGACGUCAUGGGUGGUUCUGUUGUUUCUGAUGGCUACAGAGCUUCGCCUGGCCACCAUUUGCGCCUUCGCCACGGCGAUCCCCUGCUUGGUGGCUGCCGUGGUUUGCGGGGGGGCCAUUGGAAAGUCCAUGCUCAACCUGCAGGAGCGUACCGAUAAACGCGUCGUGACUCUGAGAGAGGUGCUCUUUGGAGUUCGAGUGGUGAAGUGCUAUGGUUGGGAGAUGGCCAUGGAACAAAAAUUGGCCAAUCUCCGAAGCCAAGAGGUUGGCGCUUUGAGGUCCUACUGGCACAUCAGCUGU